CUGGACGGUCAGACGUUAACAGCCACACAGUCAGCCAUGUUGUUGGUGUGACACGCACCGAGCUGUCAGCAACAGGUCCCGCUCCGAGCAGCGAAAGGCUGCUAAAACUUGAACAUUUCUCCGAUAGCGCUGCUCCACUCGCACAGUGACGCUUCACGGCGCCCUGGAAGCCGUCCCGAGGCGCUGUGACACCUCCAGGCCGCUCCACAGCGCGGAAGUUGACGUAUUCAUUUUUUUUUUGUCGCGGCCGUUGUGAGAAAGGUACGCGAACGAAACUGCUUAUCUAAGCAGGAGUAUGGCUUUGAGCAGUAGCUGAGGACACCACCAGGAGUUUCUGCCUCUGCCACCUGCAAAGAUGAAUGGUGGCCCAAGCAUAUGGGCGAUCUCUCCAGAGGAGAGGGUCAAACAUGAUAAGAAGUUCGACACCCUCUCCCCAUCAAUGGGCUACGUCUCAGGGGAACAGGCAAGGAAGUUUUUACUUCAAUCAGGGCUUCCUGCUUCAGUUUUGGCUGAGAUAUGGUCUCUGGCUGACAUGAAUAAAGAUGGGAAGAUGGACAGGUUGGAGUUUUCCAUUGCAAUGAAGCUGAUAAAGCUAAAGCUCCAGGGUACACCGCUUCCCUCAGCACUGCCCGUCAUCAUGAAGCAGCCUCCAGUGCCUGCUCCCAGCCUCAUUAACCCCACCUCAUUAUUGACCAACCCAGCCUAUGGUAUGGCUACUCUGCCUAACGUGACUAUGAUGACCGGUACAAACCUACCAAUGUUUGCCCCUAACUCCAUGGCAACCCCUGGAUUCUCAACUUUGGCACCAAUGACAGGCUACACCCCUUUGGUUCCUACAGCAUCCACCCUGAGCCCUUUAAUAGCCUCCAACCCCUCCAGGCCCCCGAUGCCCACCAUGGGAAACGCCACCCUGCCUAACGGCACCUUCGGAGGUCUCGACCCAUUUGCACCUGGAGCUUUGGCCACUGGAAUACCUCGCUCUGCAUCCCCUUACUCCUCUCCACUCGGACUCUCCUCAUCUGGUCUGAACAAGGCCUCCUCUCUUUUGGACCUAGGAUCUAUCAGCUCAGCUUCCUCUUCCCCCUCUCCGAUGUCCCCCAUGGUUAAUGUUCCCAGCGACUGGGCUGUGCCACAUGCCUCCAGACUCCGAUACCGACAGCAGUUCAACAGCUUGGAUAAACAAAUGGCAGGAUACCUCAGUGGUCAGCAGGUAAGAGGUGCCAUGGCAACCACGAUGCUGACUCAGACACAACUUGCCUCCAUCUGGACUUUAGCUGAUGUGGAUAAGGACGGGAAACUAAAAGCAGAGGAGUUUAUACUGGCCAUGCAUCUUGUGGAUAUGGCAAAGAUUGGGCAAUCUUUGCCGCUAACACUGCCAACUGAACUGGUACCACCCUCGCAAAGGGGUGGAGUGAAUGGAUCCAGCUCUUCUCUCUAUGCUGCUCUGGGGGAUGACUUUGACAUAGAACCUCCACAGAAAACCAAACCAAACCUGACGUUCGAGGAUAAAUUCAAAGCCAACCUGGAGCGAGGGAACGCAGAAUUGGAGAAAAGACGUCAGACGCUCCAGGAUGCGGAGAGGAGGGAGAGAGAGCGGCGUGCGCAGAAAGAGAGAGAGGAGCGGGAACAGAGAGAGAAGGAGGCUCGGGAAAUUGAGGAGAAGAGAAGGAGAGAGGAGGAAAUCAGGCUGGAACGACAGAAAGAGCUGGAGAGGCAGAAAGAAGAAGAGCGGCUGAGAGAGAUAGAGAGAAAAGAGGCUGCACAGCGGGAGCUCGAGCGUCAGAGGAAGGAGGAGUGGGAGAGGAGGCGGCGAGGGGAGCUCAAAAUAAAGAAGGAGCAGGAGCAGGAUGAAAUCGGCAGAUUGAAAGCCAAGAAAAAGAGUCUUGAGAUGGAACUGGAGGCUGUGGGUAACAAGCACCAACAGAUCUCAGAUCGACUGCAGGACUUUCAGAACAAGAAGAAGCAUCAGAAUACGGAGCUGCAUGUGACUAAUCAAAGGAAAGAGACCUGCCAGCAGGACAUUAACAAACUGCAGAAACAGUUGGAGGAGUUCCAGAGAAAGUUGUCCCAGCUGACUCCGGAGCAGAAGAGACUGACAGAGAAACUCAGAAACAUGUCUUUAAAUAACUUGCCUGCGUCAACCAUGUCCACCCUCAAGGUGGUUGUCACAGAGAAAAAAGGGACAUGUCUCAAACUGAGACAGCAGCUGGAAACCCUGGAGAAAGAGGCGGCUGCCAAAAUGUCUGAGAUGGACGCGUACAACAGAGAUAUGCAGUGUGUGGGUGAUGAGGACUCAAUGCUUCAAGCUGUCUUUUGUCUGCUGGGCUGCCUUCGUAACCUCUUCUACCUACUAAAGGAAAUGAGAGAGAGCCAGAGAAAACAGCAGGAAACACUCGAGAAACUACGGAGCAUCAAAGAGGACAAACGACGUGAGCUGAGUCGAAGGAAAGAGGAGGAAGAGCAGAGGAAGAAGAGAGAAGAGGAGAGGAAAAAACAACAAGAGGAGGAAGCUCAGAGGCUUAUUAAGAUAGAAAAAGAGCGCCAGUGGCAGGAGAAGCUUCGGAAGGAUGAAGAGGAGCGUCAGAGAAAGCUUCGGGAGGAGAAAGAGGCCAAACAGAGGGAGGAGGCGGAGAGAGAGAAACAGGCCCUCAUCCAGGCUGCGAAGGAGCAGGUUGAACGAGAGCUCAGAGUGAAGGAGGAGGCAGAGCGAAAGAGAAGAGAGAUCGAGGAGAGGAAGAAAAGAGAAGAAGACGAGCGACAGAAGCAAGCAGAAAGAAGGAGGCAGGAUGAGGAGAGGAGACAGCUGGAAGAGGAGAGAAGGCAGCUUGAGGAAGAGAGGAGGAAACUUGAAGAAGAUAGGAGGAAAGAGGAGAAAAGACGGAAGGACGAAGAGGAGCGCCGCAAGAGGGAGGAAGAGAGGAAGAGGUUAGAGGAGGAGCGGAGAGAGGAGGAGCGCAGAAGAGAAAAGGAGGAAGAGGAGAGGAGGAGACAGAGGGCAGCUGUGGCCGCUGUCCGAGAUGCAGAGGAGAGGAGAGCCCAAGAGGAGGAGAGAAAGAAGAAGAGGGAGGAGGAGGAGAGGAGGAAGAAGGAUGAAGACAGGAGGAAGCUUCAGCAGGACGAGGAAAGGAGGAAGCGUGAGGAGGAAAGAAAGAGGGGGGAGGAGGAGAGGAAGAGAAGAGAAGAAGAAGAAGAGGAGAGGAGGAAAGCAGAGGAGGUGAGAAAGAGAAAGGAGGAGACCGCACGUCAGCAGCCGCUGGCCAGUGGAGGAGGGAAGGUGGAUAUUCAGAGUAAACUGACGGCUCUGCUGAGAGGACUAGAGGAGAGGAAAGGUGGGCAACCCAGGGCCACAGAACACAGGAAGUCAGCCGCCCUCACGUCCUUCAAAGCCCUGUAUCCGUUCACCGCCCGAAACAACGAGGAGCUCAACUUCAGCGCGGACGACGUGAUCGAGGUGGAUGAGUCGACGGAGCGGGAGGAAGGCUGGCUGUACGGCAGCCGGCAGGGAAAGAUGGGCUGGUUCCCAGAAAGCUACGUGGAGAGGGUGGCCCCGUCAGCCGCAGCCAAUAAUAAUAAUACUGCUGCUGCUGUGGCCCCUAAAGGCCCACUUCAGUCCCAGCUUUCCAAUGCGCUCGAGGCUGUCAAGGCAGCCGGCACCAAAUCUGCCUUCACGCCAACACACUCUCCAAAUCCUGCACCCACUGAGGCACAAGGACAGCAGGUGGUGGGUAACCUGUUGGCCCAGGCCUUGUGCUCGUGGACAGCGAAGACGGACAGUCACCUGAACUUCAACAAGGACGACGUCAUUCAGGUUUUGGAGCAGCAGGAGAAUUGGUGGCUGGGAGAGCUGAACAAUGAAAAGGGCUGGUUCCCCAAAACAUAUGUGACACUGCUGGAAGAAGGGAGUCCAAACGUGAAGAGUUCCCCUCCUGAUGCUUCAGAGUCUAGCGACAGCCUUCAGCUGGAAGAAUACACAGCCUUGUACACCUAUGAUUCUCCGGAGCCGAGUGAUCUGUCGUUUAGAGAGGGUGAUCUGAUCUUGGUGAGCAAGAAAGAUGGAGAGUGGUGGCACGGCUCUAUAGGCGACAGCAAAGGCGUCUUCCCCAGCAACUACGUCAAACCCAAAGAGGCCGAUACAUCAAGUAUAUCUGGAAAGAAGAAGCCAGAGAUUGCCCAUGUGAUCAGACCCCGCUCCUCUAGCAGCGCUGAACAGUUGAAUCUGGAAACUGCUCAGCUCAUCCUCAUCCUCGGCAAGAACCCCUCUGGCUGGUGGCUUGGAGAACUGCAGGCCCGUGGUAAAAAGCGCCAGAAGGGCUGGUUUCCUGCCUCUCAUGUCAAAAUUCUGGGAUCCAGCAGUGGCCAGUCCACCCCAGCACCCCAAACAGUCUGUCAGGUGAUAGCCAUAUAUGACUACAAAGCUGCCAACGGGGACGAGUUGAGCUUCUCCAAAGGUCAGCUGAUUAACGUCCAUGACAAGAAUGACCAGGACUGGUGGAAAGGAGAGACCAACGGGGCUACUGGUCUCUUCCCAACUAAUUACGUAAAGAUGACCACAGCGGAGUGUGACCCCAGCCAGCAGUGGUGCGCAGACCUAAACAGCCUGGACUCACUGAGUGCCCAGGAGAAGCGGAGACAGGGUUACAUCCAUGAGCUGAUCCUGACUGAGGAAAGAUACGUGGAAGACUUGAAGAUUGUUCUUGAGGUUUUCCAUAAGCCCAUGUCCGAGUCGGGUCGGCUGAAUGAUGCAGAGAUGGAAAUGAUCUUCGUCAACUGGAAUGAACUGCUGACCUGCAACUCUAAACUUCUCAAGGCGCUUCACCUCCGUAAGAAGACGGGUGGGGAGAACAUGCCGGUGCAGAUGAUCGGAGAUGUUCUUGCCGCGGAGCUGUCCCACAUGCAGCCCUACAUCCGCUUCUGUUCCUGCCAGAUCAACGGGGCAACGCUGGUCCAGACCCGCAUCGACAGCGAGCCAAACUUCAAGGAGUUCCUAAAGAAAAUUGCCACGGACUACAGGUGUAAAGGCAUGCCGCUGUCCAGCUUCCUGCUGAAACCCAUGCAGAGGAUCACACGCUACCCACUGCACAUCAAAAACAUCCUGGAGAGCACGGGAGAGGGCCAUUCUGACCGAGGCCCACUCAAAGAGGCUCUAGAGAAGGCGGAAGAACUCUGUCAACAGGUAAACGAGGGCGUGAGAGAGAAGGAGAACUCUGACAGACUGGAAUGGAUUCAAAGCCACUUACAGAUGGACGGCACUACAGAGAACCUGGUCUUUAACUCUCUUACCAACUGUUUGGGCCCCAGGAAACUGCUUCACAGCGGCAAGAUGAACAAGGUGAAGAGCAACAAGGAACUCUUUGCUUUCCUCUUUAACGACUUUCUGCUCUUGACUCAUGCGGCUAAGCAGUUCGCUUCAUCCGGGCCCGAAAAACUGUUCAGCAGCAAGAACAAUGUACAACUCAAGAUCUACAAGCCACCUGUGCUGCUAAAUGAGGUUCUGGUGAAGCUGCCGGAUCCUUCCAGCGACGAGCCCACCUUCCACAUCUCACACAUUGAUAGAGUCUACGUACUCAGGACCGACAACAUCAAUGAACGGACGGCUUGGGUUCAGAAGAUCAAGGCCGCGUCUGAAGAAUUUAUUGAAACUGAAAAGAAAAAGAGGGAAAAGGCCUAUCAAGCCCGAUCUGUGAAGACUAGUGGAAUCGGCAGACUUCUUGUCACUAUCUUGGAAGCCACUGAACUCAAGCCGGGAAAACCCAAUGGUAAAAGUAACCCCUACUGUGAGGUGACCAUGGGAACUCAGAUAUUCACGUCUAGGACGCUCAACGACACUCUGAACCCCAGGUGGAACUUUAACUGUCAGUUCAACAUCAAGGACCUUUAUCAGGAUGUACUCUGCAUCACCAUCUAUGAAAGAGACCAGUUUUCCCCUGAUGACUUUCUGGGUCGGACAGAAGUGCCUGUGGCAACCAUAAAGAAAGAGUUGGAAAACAAGGGACCCUUGACACGUCGUCUUCUGCUGCACGAGGUUCCUACAGGGGAGGUGUGGGUCCGCCUUGACCUGCAGCUCUUUGGCAACAAAUAGACUUACAGGGCUAACGGAAAAAAAUAAUAGUUCUACUGAGACGUCCAAAUGAGUGACCCAAUGAGACGGGAUGUUUCCUGAACAGAACUCUGAUGUGUUCCCCUUCACAAGACCAAAUCAAACAAGCCACCCCGGAAGUGAACUCCCAUCAUGCCUCAAUAUUUUAAUUUUAACCAGUACCGAUAAUACCUCUUCUGACAUCACCUGAACCCACCAAUGGGAGCCAGAGCCUUCCCUCUUUCUCUCAGAUAGCGGAGGCAGCAUGGCUGGUGCUGUCAUGUGCAAUGUACGCCUGGCCUCUGGACCAGCCAGUCAUGGAGCAAAAUGUACUUCAAAAGAAGGUAGAGGUGGACAACGACUGAAAUGUCAAUAAAUCAUUAAAGGAUUACACAUACACAUCUAUUGUCUAAAAUCUUAACAGCUCCGUAUCUCAGUUGCAACAGUUUGGUUUGUUUCGAGUUUAAUGGGUGUUUUAUCUUAACAUACAAGAUAUAUAUAUAUAUGUAGACUUUUUGUCACUUCAUGACCUUCAAGAGGUUGUUUUUUUUAAUGGCUGCCUGGCCCAAAACAGCUUGUCCCAGUGGCAUUAAGGGCUUCAUUAAGCGUACACGGCAGCAGGAUCUCUGUCGGACAACCUGCACAAUAAGUUUCUGUCUGUAGCUCUGGUCUGGAGUCAGUUUACUACUGUAGGUAGAAGAGCUCAGGAAGUGUUGCUCUGUGUUGAAUCCAUGUCAUUGCAACAAUUGUGUGAGUGCAGAAGUCUAAACAUUCAAGUUUUUUUGUUUUUUUUAAUCAAACUCUAAAACCAUUAGAAUUAUUUAGGAUGAUGCUGUUUUUUUGUUUUU